UGUCAGUGGAAGUCCCACUACGGAGUCGCCUCGAGAUACACCUACACAGCAACAAUGGAGGAAAGCAGUGCACAGAGGCGACUGGAUUCAAUUUCUCGUCACCUUCUAUUGCAACCUCCUCAACCUAACCAUGGCCUUCAACAGGCGGUGUUAUUAAGUAAUGGGAAAUCGGAAAGUGAAGGGUCAGUGGCUGUGGUGAUAGGAGGCAUGGUGUUGGACAUUCAUGCCACACCUUCCAUCCCUUCAAAUCCCAGAACCACCACUCCUGGCAAGGUCAGCUAUGUAUUAGGAGGGGUAGCAAGGAAUGAUGCCGAGUGCAUGUCAAAGCUAGGAGCUAAGCCCUUCAUGAUUAGCGCCUUGGGCCUUGACAUGGCAGGAAACUUAUUGUUGGAGCACUGGAAGUCUUCUGGGCUAUCUAUGGAAGUUCCUAGUAGUAGGUUAAUUUGUAAUGAUGGUUUUGGAGUAGGCAUUUUGAGGCACCAAAAUGUUGAGACUCCUGUUGUGUGCAACAUGCUUGAUGUUAAUGGGGAGGUGGCCGCUGGUGUUGCGAGUGUAGAAGCUCUCGAAAAGUUUCUGACGCCCGAGUGGAUCCAACAGUUUAAAUACAGUAUACGCUCUGCUCCAGUGUUGAUGAUUGAUGCAAACCUGAAUCUUUCUGCUCUAAAAGCUUCUUGCCAAUUGGCAGCAGAAUCUAAAAUUCCAGUGUGGUUUGAGCCUGUAUCGGUAGCAAAAUCUAGAAGAAUCAAUUCAAUUUCCAAGUAUGUAAGUUUUGCUUCACCCAACGGGGAUGAACUUGUUGCAAUGGCAAAUGCUUUAUCCGGUGGAAAUGUGUUUUCUCCAAUUGAAAGGGAUCAAUGCUCAACCGAAACUUUGUUCCAUAUGCUAAAACCCGCGGUCUGGGUUUUGCUAGAGAAAGGUAUCAAAAUAGUUGUUGUGACCGUUGGUUCAGAUGGAGUGUUCUUAUGCUCUAAAGGAGGGCCAAGCUUCAUGAGAACUGUUUGCAAGGGAAACAAACCAAAUGUUUCCAAUGCGGAACUGUUUAACACUGUGACUGCAAGUUGUCCAUCAAAUGCGUUCUCAAAUCCUUUAGAUUCUGACAAAAGCUCGUUUCUCUUUGCUGUGCAAUUUCCUGCACUUCCUGCAUCGGUGGUAAGGCUUACAGGAGCUGGCGAUUGCUUGGUUGGGGGGACUGUUGCUUCUAUUUGUGCAGGUUUAGAUGUCAUGCAAAGUCUAGCAGUUGGUAUUGCAGCUUCCAAAGCUGCAGUUGAGGCAGAGACCAAUGUGCCUUGUGUACUUAAUCUGGCCGCAAUAGCAGAUGAUGCAAAGUUGGUAUACUCGGCUGCAAAAGUUGUGUUCCAUCAAUCAGUGCUUUAAAACCGUGGAAUUGUGAAUCAAGAGUUGAAUUGGUUGAAUUGGUUGAAUUUUGCAUAUCAGAUGGAAAAUUUCGGUUGAGAACAAUGUCAGAUGGAAAUUUCCACUUGAGAAACAAACGUGAGUCUUUGUUGUCUUGUAAUGUCAUGCAUUUGAGUUUAUGAGCUACUGGAGUUGUUUACUGAUGAAAAAUAAUUAAUGAAGAAGCAAUGCUUAUGGUUUGUGUGAGUAA